AACAGUAUAUUGUGGUCGUAUUAUGUGGCGUUGAUUUCGAUUUAUGCAAAAUUGUAUGUGUAAUAAUCGUAUAAAAUAAUAUUAAUGUGAAGAAUUAUGCAGAACCAAAGGUUUGAGAUAAAAAACUAUCAGAAACAAAACAACGGUUUUACUUGUGCGUGCAUUAUUGGAUCUUCCGAAAUCUAGUGUUUUUUAAAGAUAAUCAGCAAUGAGCACAAUAUCAUCACUUCGCUCAGAAGGCCCAGGACCUGUGGGCGUUUCCAACGAAUGCCGUUUGCUACUGAACGUAGCUAGGUACUAUGGUGUCAUCUCCAAGCUCGUAGAUAUUCUGGAAAGGUGUCAGCCUGCCCCAGUUAUCGAAUGCCUUCAAGUGAUCCAUAGACCGGAAGUUCAGUCCAUUGUGAUUUGCUAUGGCGAAAUUAUCGAAGAAUGCUUUUCCGAACCGGACACUGCAUUGGACCAGACCGGUGUGAAAGAAGAGGCAUUUGAGUUGCGACACACAAAGGAGGAACCAGAAUUGAAAACAAUACCUAAUGAUUUAUCUGUGGAUGCCAUCGUUGAUGAUAAUGUGAAGUCUAUGUUUUGCUUCGAGGAGCAGUCGGAACAGAAUGCAGAUGCUGUUGAAGACACCUCGGAAGUUGGAUUUGAAGUCAUCAAUAUGGAUGAAAAAAUGCACCCUGUUGAAAUAUUAGAUUGCGAAGAUAUGAGCUUGGAAUUGAAUUCUAGCGAUGACGAGAAUGCUGUGUCAGAAUACUAUGUGGAAUAUUUGCAAGACGAUGGGUUAGUUGCAGAAGAAGUUGACGAAUCUGAUCGACAGGAUUCUAGCGUAGGGCAGACACGAAGCGAAAAGAAUAACGAUGGCAUAAUUCGAUACAAAUGUCAGUUUGUUCGUUGCAAUGAAAAGUUCCAGUUUGCCGGUGAAUAUGACGAUCAUCUUCGGAAGAGUCAUUUAGGCAUUGCAAAACCUCCGAUUGAGCUACAGUGUAAGCAUAUUGAAUGCCCCUUAUUGUUCGAUGACACCUACAAAUUAUAUCUUCACCAUAGAAAUCACAAAAUGCAGCUUAAAUCUAAACCAAAAACACGAUUCCGCUGUGAACACUGUCAAGCAGUAUUCGUCACGAAAAAGGAACUUAUGGAACACAUACGCACUCACACGAAAAAGGUCGACAAGGCUGAUGGCAUUAAAAUUAAUCUUGUUAGACGAUGUGAGUUCUGUGCAGAAAUUCUCGACCCAAAGAUUAAUGAAUACAACGUUCACUGCCUAAACGUACAUAGUCAUGCAUUGUACAGUUGUUUUGUGUGCGGAAAAAACUUUCAUCUGAUGGCCCAUCUAAGCGAACACAUAAAAUCAGGUCACGAUACCGAAACGACCAAACAACACAUAAAUGAAUCUCUUUGGAGAGCGUUCGAAGUAGAUGCUUCCUCGAUUAAAGAAUGUCGCAUAUGCUUUCGGUUAUUUGCGUCUCCCAAAACAGAACACCAGCAUCGGGAGCACCAUCUGAAAGAAUUGACUCUCACGUGCACAAACUGCGGUGGAAAGCACUACGAAAGUCACUGUACUGAACCACGUCCGACGUAUGCACCCGUGUAUGAAAAAGUUCAAUGUGAGCAAUGUCAACGGUGGAUGUCGAAAAAGAACAUCAAGGAACAUAUUGCCACUCAUGCCAACGAGCGGCUGUAUCCUUGCACAGUAUGCAAAAAAUCAUUCAAAGUGAAACGAACCGCUCAUCGACACAUUCAAAAUCACAUCAAUGCCCAGAACAAACGCCGAAAAUGCUACGAAUGCGAUCAGGUAUUCGAGAAUGAAAGCUCUAUCCCGGAACACUACCGACUGGUGCACCAGCAUCUACGGCCAUACAACUGUCAGAUUUGCGGAGAAGGAUUCUACCAGAAAACCGAACUGGGAGAUCAUUCGCACACCCACUCGGACAGCGAGCGCCGUCGAAUAUCGGUUCAAAAUCCGGUCGAACACUACCAGCUCGGGAAUGCACGGGUAUACGAGUGUACCCUCUGUCGGCGGGCGUUCUCGGCAAAGCGAACAACGGUGGCCCAUUUCAUCGUGCACACGGAUCGUCCCUUCGUUUGCGAUCACUGCAAUAUGUCGUUCCGAGCGAAAAUAACUCUGGAAGAUCAUUUGCUAGAUGUUCAUAAAGUUGAGCAGUAGUUAGGAUUUUUGUUUUUCGUACUGAUUGUAUAUCGUAUAUGCGUAUAUCGUAAGCGUUCCACACAAAUACAACUUUUUAAUAAUAAGA